CGUGGGGGAGUAAAGCAGCCGUUGGCCAGGUGACCGGAGGCCACGCCGGGGGCUGGAGGCGCAGUCCGAUUUGCUCGGAACCCUGAGCCCGUGAUCCUCCCUCCCCGGGACAUGGAGUCCCGCGCGCCCCGCGUCUAGCUCGGUCCUGUGCCCUUCUGGGUCUGACGGACUCACGCAGCCAUGAGCCCCAACCCGCAGUGGGACGUCCCCAGGGCACUGGGGGUGGCCAGGCUCUUCCAUCUGGUGUGCGGGGUCAGGGAUGCCUGUGUGACCCCGUUCCUGACCCUCUACCUGAGGCAACUGGGUGUGACCGCACUCUGGGUGGGCGUCCUCAUGGGAACCAAGCACCUGGUCGCCGCCUGCUGGACUCCCUUCUGUGCCUUCCUGGCUAAACGCUACCACAAAAGGAGAAUGUUUCUGACUGGCUCGUUGCUGGGCUCCGCAGGAGCCAGCCUCCUGAUGGUCCUCAUCCCACCGGCGGACAGAAAUCCGGGCAAUUACUUUUGUAAUGGAAGCAACAGAGUGAUCUCCACUGUCCUACCACUGGGAGUCUCACGAACUAUGACCAUGACCUCCACCCAGGGAUCAGUCCUAAACCACUGGGCAGGAGCACCCAGCCUCCCAGGCAGCAGACACACCAGAGCCCUGGACACGUCUGGCUUUCCAAACGGAUUUGGUAAAGAUCAAGAAGGAAUACUUGGCGGCCUGCAGGCCUAUUCAGUUGACUCUGUUGCAGGAGCCAGGAUCACUACCCAAGCUCGCCAUCCUGUCACUUCCAGGUUGAGAGUUAAUUCCCAGGAAGGGACUUUUGAGGUGGGCAAUGCUACCCUGGGUCCACUUCCUGGAAGUACAACCCUUGGAAGUCCAGGCAACUUGUCCAAGGCCCAGCGGGAUGCCCAGGCCCUCAGCCACUCCUCAAAAGGGCCGCAGUGGACCCUCAUCCUCUCCUUGGGGUUUGUGGUAUUUUGGGAACUGCUGACAGCCCCCCUGGCACAGGUAGCAGAUGACAGUCUUUAUGAAUACCUGGAUUUUGUUGACGCCACUGACCGGAACAGAGACCUGUGGCUCUGGAGAUUAUUGGGUAUGUCAGCAGGUGUGUGUGGCAUCGCAGCCUUGGUGGGGCAUCUGGAAUGCUUCCUGGUGACCAAUGGUCCUCGGGGUGUGAUUCAUUUCUACAGCUACGCGCUGCUCAGUACUCUGGCCUUAGCGCUGAGCACAGCCUUUCCUGUCCCCAUCGACCAGAAACGGGGGCCCAGCUACAAAACCAUCAAAGCACUGUCCCUCAUACAGGGUGACGCCCGCCUCAUCCUCCUAGCUUUCACUGUCCUUUGGAUAGGAGCCACUGCCAGUACGGUGCAGAACUUCCUGUUCUGGCACAUGAAGGACCACGGCAGCAGCGAGCUGGUGAUGGGUUUCUCGGUGGCUCUCAGUUUACUAGGAGAAAUUCUGUUUCAUCCGUUCAGAACUUGGUUGCUUAGGAAACUGUCGCGGGUGGGUGUGCUGGGCCUGGGGCUGGGCUGCCUGGCCCUGCAGCUACUCUAUUACUCCUUCAUCUGGAGCUGGUGGUCUGUCCUGCCUGUUCAGAUCCUGAGUGCCAUCAGCAGUGGGGCUCUGUGGUGGGCCGUGGGGGUCUCCAUAGAGGACCUGUCCACCUCUGGCGUGGAGAGGUCUCUAGGCACCGUGUUCCGAGGUUACUUCUAUGAGAGUGGUAGCAGCCUAGGCAGCUUUGCGGGGGGCUUCGUUGUCAUGCGCUUCGGCAUAGCUGUGCUCUACCAAGCCUGCUGUGUGGUCCUGUUGCUUUGGCUGGCCUUGUUCCUGUCCACCCAGUCCAGGCUGCCCCGAGAACAGAGGAUCAACUACUCGAAGCUGCUGGCCAUGGAGGGGAGUGACGCCAGCGACUCCGAGCAGGGGUCAGAACGGGACUGGCUUGUGAAGGCCAUGAGGGAGGAGCACGAGGACUGGAAGGGCUGAGAAGGCACGGCACACUGCUGGAGGAGAGCACUCGGAGGUGGCACAGGGCUCCUGCUCCGGACCGUAGGGAGCCUUAAGGGGGAGAGCUGUGUCUAUGCCAGAGGCGCAAUUGGAACCACUCAUUGGCGUGAUUUCACUUUGUAGUAAAAGGAGGUUUUUACUUUUUUAUUUUUAUAUGUGUGUGUGUGUGUGUGUGUGUGUGUGUGUGUGUGUGUGUGUACCUGAGGACAACCUCAGGAGCGCCAUCCACCUCAUUUGAGACAGGGUCUCUCACUGGUCUAGAGUUCACCAUUUGGCAAGAACUGACUGGCCAGCACCCCCCAGAACCCUCUCCUCCCCCAUCUGCCUCUCCAUCACUGGGAUCACACACAUACCACCACGCCUUCCACUUCUGCAUAGUUUUUAGAGAUCAAGAUCUGGUCCUUGCGUUUGCAAAAGCAGCUUUACCUGCUGGACAGUCUCCCCAGGCCAACAGUUUAUUUUAUUAUUUUAUUUGCCACGCAAGCGUUUUAGGAUAUGGGAGAACACAUUUGCUUUUGUAGAAAAGUUCCUCUGCAUUUGCUAAUUUUGAGGCUUUCAAGGCCUUUCGGUAUAGGGUUCUGAUGCAACUGGACCCAACACUGGGGCAAUGGCAGAAGCAAUGGCUUUAAGCUGGCUGGGCAAGGAAGACAGCAGGGCCUGUAGGAUGCAGUAGUCAGGGAGGGAAGCUGAUCUAGAUGGGUCCUGGGCCUUCCUGGAGGCCGGGAGUCACUAAUCCUUUAAAGCUAUGCUGAGGGCAGAUAAGAAUGGCCCCCAACACUGAACCCCACCCCCAAGUUUCUUACUCCCAAAAGUAUGUGCCACCAGGAAAAGGGCACUGAGAAUCAAUCCCACAUUCCUCCCUGCGAGAGCACAUGGAGAUUUUAACAUCUGUUUGGUUAUGGUGUAGUAGUAAUGAACUUGUUCUGUCUCCCAGGCCUUUAUUCCCGAGGCCGAUUUUUGUUUUUUUUCUGAGACAGGGACUCUCUGGUUGUUCUGGAACUCACUAUGUAGACCAGGUUCACCUUGAACACACAGAGAUCUGCCUACCUCUGCUUCCCAAGCGCUAGUAUUAAAGGUGUGAACAACCAUGCCUGGCCCCCAAAGGAAGUUCUUUACAUCCUAAUUCUUCCACCUUACGAUCAAGAAAAUAGAAACUAGAGAGAUGAUUUCAAUUUCCAGCGUCAGCCUGUGGGAUCAAACCAUCUCUAACUCCAGUUCAGGGGAUCUGAUGCCCUCUUCUGGCCUCUGUAGGGAUUGCAUGCAUGUGGCUCUCAGAUUUACAAGCAGACAACAAAACAAUUUUUUUUUCUAAAGUUAAGAAAACAUAGGAUAUUGGAUUUAGGAUCCUGGCUGUACAGAUGCAAAGUGAUUCACAGGUGGAGAAAAGGAGGAGAUGCAUGAAUGCCCACUGGUGGGGACAUUCUCUAGGAUUUGUCUUUUUCUAGUUCUUCCUGUGAAUCCCUACGGUACAGAUAACUAACACAAACUCACCUCUGCUUAAGCAUUUGUCUACAUCCGCUCUCCAGAGGGACAGAACCCCAGAGUUCACAGCUGCUCAGAGAUGGCAGAGAGAGCCUGUUGUCCUGUCGUCUUGGGGGCCCUGCCACACUCAGCCUGUUCCCACCCAUGUUUGUACUCAUGGCCAGAUGACAGCUGCCUUAUUGCCGGACCUCUCACCUGCCUUCCAGGCUGUAAGAAGAUGGGAAGACAAGAUAAGGAGAGAAACAGAGCGUGGAAA